CAGAACUCUCCAGCGCGCUCUUCUACUCGCAGUCCCGAAUAUUCUCAGUCCUUCCUCAAAACACCUAUAUCUAUAUGUAUAUAUAUAGCAAUUGAAUCCGGACUCAACUCAUCUUUGUAAUACCGUGUUCGAAAGCAAUCGAUCAGCAGAAAAAACUCUUCUUUCAAAUUCUUACUUUUUUUUCUCUCUUUAAUUUCAAACAAAGAGCAGGUUUUUGUUUGAAGCUUCAUCAAUGGCUGCAAAAACUGAAGGCAAGGCCAUCGGCAUCGACUUGGGCACAACCUACAGCUGCGUCGGCGUAUGGCUAAACGACCGCGUUGAGAUCAUCCCCAACGACCAGGGCAACCGGACCACGCCGUCCUACGUCGCCUUUACCGACACUGAGAGGCUAAUCGGUGAUGCGGCCAAGAAUCAAGUCGCCAUGAAUCCAUCCAACACUGUGUUCGACGCUAAAAGACUCAUCGGCCGGCGUUUCUCGGACCCCUCUGUUCAGAACGACAUGAAGCUAUGGCCUUUCAAGAUCGUACCAGGUCCCGGAGACAAACCCAUGAUCGUCGUCCGUUACAAAGGCGAAGAGAAAAUGUUCUCCCCGGAAGAGAUUUCGUCGAUGAUAUUGUCGUAUAUGAGGGAGAUUUCCGAAGCAUUUCUGGGUCAGCCCAUAAAGAACGCGGUGGUCACUGUGCCGGCGUAUUUCAACGAUUCCCAGAGGCAAGCCACGAAGGACGCCGGUCAGAUUGCGGGGCUCAAUGUGUUGAGGAUCAUCAACGAGCCCACUGCGGCAGCAAUAGCCUAUGGUUUGGACAAGAAAGCGCAGCGAAAGGGUGAGCAAAAUGUGCUCAUCUUCGAUCUCGGUGGUGGCACUUUUGAUGUGUCGCUAUUGACGAUCGAAGAAGGGAUAUUUGAGGUCAAGGCCACCGCCGGAGACACCCAUUUGGGCGGCGAAGAUUUCGACAAUCGGCUUGUCAAUCAUUUCGUUGCAGAGUUCAAGAGGAAGCACAAGAAGGACAUCGGUGGAAAUGCAAGGGCGUUGAGGAGGCUGAGGACUGCCUGCGAGAGGGCAAAGAGGACUUUAUCAUCAACCACACAGACGACCAUCGAAAUCGAUUCCUUGUAUGAAGGAAUUGAUUUCUAUGCCACGAUUACUCGUGCCAGGUUCGAGGAAUUGUGCAUGGAUUUGUUCCUCAAGUGUAUGGAGCCUGUGGAGAAGUGUCUUCGCGACUCCAAGAUUGACAAAAGUCAGGUCCAUGAAGUGGUUCUUGUUGGUGGCUCGACCAGGAUUCCCAAAGUUCAGCAACUCUUGCAGGACUUCUUCAAUGGAAAGGAGCUCUGCAAAAGUAUCAAUCCCGACGAGGCUGUGGCGUACGGUGCUGCAGUCCAGGCGGCAAUUUUGACUGGGGAAGGGGACCAGAAGGUGCAGGACUUGCUACUGCUUGAUGUUGCGCCUCUCAGUCUCGGGCUGGAAACAGCCGGUGGUGUAAUGACCACUUUGAUUCCGAGAAACACAACAAUUCCGACCAAGAAAGAGCAGAUUUUCUCUACUUACUCGGAUAAUCAGCCCGGUGUGUUAAUCCAGGUGUAUGAAGGUGAAAGAGCUCGGACCAAGGACAACAACCUUCUCGGGAAAUUCGAGCUCACUGGUAUUCCUCCGGCUCCGAGAGGGGUGCCACAGAUCAAUGUCACCUUUGAUAUAGAUGCAAAUGGUAUACUGAAUGUAUCAGCAGAGGAUAAGACUGCAGGGGUGAAGAACAGGAUUACAAUUACAAACGAUAAAGGUAGGUUGAGCAAAGAAGACAUUGAGAAGAUGGUGCAAGAUGCAGAGAGGUACAAGGCUGAAGAUGAGGAAGUUAAGAAGAAAAUUGAUGCCAAGAAUGCACUGGAGAAUUAUGCUUACAAUAUGAGGAAUACAGUGAAGGACGAGAAGUUUGGGACCGAGUUGAGUCCGAGUGAUAAGGAGAAGAUUGAGAAGGCUGUGGAUGAGGCGAUAGAAUGGUUGGAGAAGAACCAAUUGGCUGAGGUUGAUGAGCUUGAGGACAAGUUGAAGGAACUUGAGGGGAUCUGCAAUCCAAUUAUUGCAAAAAUGUAUCAGGGUGGUGCCGGUGAUAUGCCCAUGGGCGGCGAUGACAUGCCCGGUGGUGGUUCUAGUGGAUCUGCUGGUGGCGCUGGCCCAAAAAUUGAAGAGGUUGAUUAAAUCUGUCGUGGAGGUGGGUUUGGGACAAGCUUUAGUGGGUCUCUGUUUUGAGUGCUGCUUUGUUUCUUGGGCCCACUUUGUGUUUAGUUUGGAAGAUAUGUUUUGUUUGCUUUUUAUUCCAUACUUCAGGUUUUGUUCUCUUAUUUUGAUUAGGUUUCUUUUCUAAAAAUCAAUGUAUAUAGAGUUAUGAGCUACUAGUAUGUAAGAAAGUUUCAACUAAUAAAGUAGUUUUUUUUUUUUUUUUUUUUUUUUCGAUUACAUAUGGACUCACUUGCAGUUGUGAAUUGCUACACAUAUAUAUAUAUUUGUCAAUGGCUACAUUGCUCACAUUACUUUGUAG